AUGGAAACGGAGGACAUUAAUUUAUGUUGUGGUUGUCUAUGUUCAGAACGUAAAAUGGUGCAAUUAGAGGAGCGUAAAAAAAAGGAAUGUUUUAUGCAGAUUGUUAACGAAAUUUCUAUUGUACAAGAUGAGGAGUCCUUCUGGCGGUUACCAAUAUGGUUGUGCUGGGAGUGCAAUGCUCACAUCAAUAGAUACAUAACAUUUACGAAGCAAGUAAAAAAGGCAUAUAAAUGGUUUAAUGAAUAUUUGAAACAGGUUAAACCAAAAUCAGCACUAAAUGUACAACCAUUAUCUCAAUUAAGCUCUCAAAAGUUGUACAACAUAAGUAUAGAAAUAGCCGAAGAUAUAGAAUGCUGUGUCACAGUAUUACCAGUAAUAAAAAAUGAGAACCAGAGACAACCAUCACCGAUACCAAGUAUUAAAGAUGAAUAUGACAAUGCAUUUCCUGACACCAUCUCUGAUGAUGAAAAACUAAUAGACAUAUCAAAAAAGAUAGCAAAAGUGAAGAAGAAAAAGAGAAAGAGAAAAGAGAUUGCAAUUUAUAAAGAGAUAGAGUUGGGAGCAGAGGAUUUAGAAGAAGAAAGAAAAUUGGCCAUGUUGAAAGAGGAUUAUGUGAAUGCUAUGUUUAGAUGUGAACGGUGUAUUUUAUCGUUUCCUAAUGCAGAAGAUUUGAGUGACCAUAUCAGUAAAAAACAUAAAUUGAACGCCUCCCACUACAAGUGUUCCAUCUGCGAAUGUUCGUUCAGCACCGAAGUGUCGUACAACUACCACACGAACAAGCACACGAGGCGGUACCAGUGCGUCGUGUGCAGUGAUCGGUACCCCAGCAAGAGAGGGGUCAUCAAGCAUUUCGAACAGACACACUAUCACGGACCACCUAUAGAACUUGAAAUACAGAAUUUACAGUAUGAGAAGAGUUUGAAGGCAGGUGAAACAGAAGAUGUGACAGAAAACAGUAUAUCACAACCGGCGGCGUCAUUUCCUUGCGAGUUCUGUGAUAAAAUCUUCAGGUGGAAAACGUCGUUAAGAAAACAUGCGGAGACGCAUCGAAUUGAGACCGGACAGAAGAGGAAACCGUACUGUGAGCCUUGCAGGUUAUCUUUCACAACGACAUCGAAUCUCCAGAAGCACGUGAAGACGAGCUCCAAGCACCAAAUACAGUUAAAGCUUAGGAAAUUAACAGAAAGUCUUCCAGCGGACUCCACGAAUCCGGAGAAACGUCAAGCCCACAUCGAGGAGAUACGAUCCUCCGUGAACAGCUCGCGGCAGAUGUACCCUUGCCCUCAGUGCGACAAGAAGUUCCAGUGGAGGGGGAACUUGUUGAGACAUGUCAAUAGCCAUGUCGCGAGAGCCAAUGGCGAGUUGGUCUGUAAACCGUGCAACAGAACAUUCUCGUCGAUAGCCACCUACAAGCAGCACAUGAAAAUUAGCAAGAAACACGUCACUGAGAACGAGUUUAAAUACAUGUGUAGCGAAUGUGGGAAGCGGUUCGCGAACAAGACGCGCCUCAAAGACCACGUCGACUGGGAGCACCUCAAAAACUUCGUGCACACGUGCAGCGUCUGUCAAAAGGUGUUCAAGAGCCACACGUCGCUGUACCUCCACCGCCAGGUCGUACACAAGAAAGACAACGCGGAACAUUUGUGUGACCAUUGCGGGAAACCUUUUCCGAACCACGCGAAGCUCCGUUCGCACAUGACGGCGCUGCACAGCGGCUCGUCGGCCUACAAGUGCGCCACGUGCGGCGCGUGCUUCAGCUGGCACUCCUGCCUCUCGCGACACGCACGGAAGGUGCACCCCCCUCGCCCCACCACCUCCUCGCAGUAG